UCGCGUUCGUAUUGAUUCGAAAUCAAUCAGCAGUAAUUUCCGAAGUCAUAGUAGAUAAAUGGAGUUUCUUCUGGAUUAUAAGCGUUAUGUUCAGUAGUUUUAAUACAUUUCAAAUAUAGUGAUUGCGGUGUAACAUUUUUUUGUUGUUGCAUAUAAAACAGGUGUUAAAUAUCUUGUGCAUAUCGCAAAAAACAUUCCCAAAGUUUAAAAUACGGACAAGCGUUUUAUGAGCCUUCUUUGGUGAAAUACAUACAAUUCCGAUAUUAUGGAUCUUUACCAUUAUUACAUAUAUGAAAAUGCAGAUCCUAGAACACAUAACUGGUUUCUUGCGGGAUCUCCCUUUCCUAUGUUGGGAAUCAUCCUGACAUACCUGGCCUCUGUGUACUACAUAGUUCCUAAAUUUAUGGAGAAUCGAAAACCGUUCCAAUUCAAGACGUUUCUAGGAAUUUACAACAUAUUCCAAGCUGCUUACUGUAUCGCAAUAAUAUACAUGUGUUACCAAGCCGGUUGGAGGUUUGAUUAUCUCUACAAAUGCUACGAAACAGAUUUCUCCGAUGAUUCCAAAGCGGUGAAAAUGGUCGAAGUUUCAUGGUAUAUUCUCUUCAUAAAGUUCAUCGAAUUAAUUGAAACAAUAAUUUUUGUUCUACGGAAGAAGCAGAAUCAAGUUACUUUUCUUCACGUGUACCAUCACAUCAGUACCUUUUUUAUCGCUUAUUUAUUCUGCAAAUAUGUUGGAGGUAGCAUGUUAAUGUUCUCAAUCGUGAUAAACUCUGUAGUGCAUGUCAUAAUGUACUCUUACUAUUUUCUCUCCGCGUACGAAAUAACCAUAUUUAAAUACAUUGCCUCGAAAGUGAAAAGGUACAUAACUAGCAUUCAAUUGAUCCAGUUCGGGUUGAUCAUGAUGAACAACGUAUUCGCGCUUCAGCCGGGCUGUAAUACUUGCAAACCUUUCCUUAGCCUGUACAUUCCAAACAUUUUCAACCUAAUCUAUCUCUUUAGUGAUUUCUACAAGAAGUCGUAUGACAGAAGGUCACCCGUUUUAAAUAGUAAAGUAAAGUAAUGAUACGCAACGCAACGAUGGAGCUACCAACACAUAGGAGGAUACUCAGCGCGUUAGGAAAGUAGUUAUUUGCCGCGGGUUUCAGCUAGUUACGCAGCACCUGUUGUUAACAACUAUGUCGUGCAACUAGAUUUGGACAUAUGCUGUGAAGCAAUUUUAAUGCUAGAAUAUAAAAACACACCCAAUGAUGCUGCAAUUCUGACUUGCUCAUUUUGCCUUUCCGCGGAUAGAGUUUUCAUAAGUAGAUAACGUGCAAUUGUCAAGUUGAAUCGGAUACUUGAAAAUAUAUAUUUUUCGAUAUUA